GCGCCUCCAUUUUUUUUUUUUUUCCCCUGGAAGAGAGCGGGAGACCGAGACCCUGAUCGGGGCAUCAGGGAAACUGUCCUCUUCUGCAAAAUGUACAGAACCAAAGUGGGUUUGAAGGACCGCCAGCAGCUCUACAAACUGAUCAUUAGCCAGCUGCUCUAUGAUGGCUACAUCAGCAUCGCCAACGGCCUCAUUAAUGAGAUCAAGCCCCAGUCGGUGUGUGCCCCCUCCGAGCAGCUCCUGCAUCUCAUCAAACUGGGGAUGGAAAACGAUGACACUGCAGUUCAGUAUGCCAUUGGUCGCUCCGAUACAGUUGCCCCUGGCACAGGGAUUGACCUGGAGUUUGAUGCAGAUGUCCAGACAAUGUCGCCCGAGGCUUCUGAGUAUGAAACCUGCUAUGUCACUUCACACAAAGGCCCAUGCCGUGUGGCCACCUAUAGCAGGGACGGGCAGUUAAUAGCCACAGGAUCUGCGGAUGCUUCCAUAAAGAUACUGGACACAGAAAGAAUGUUGGCCAAAAGUGCCAUGCCAAUUGAGGUCAUGAUGAAUGAGACCGCACAACAGAACAUGGAGAACCACCCCGUGAUUCGAACUCUGUAUGACCACGUGGAUGAAGUCACGUGUCUUGCUUUUCACCCUACAGAACAGAUCCUGGCCUCGGGCUCAAGGGAUUAUACUCUAAAAUUGUUUGAUUAUUCGAAGCCGUCUGCAAAAAGAGCCUUCAAAUACAUUCAGGAAGCUGAGAUGCUGCGCUCCAUCUCUUUCCAUCCUUCUGGAGACUUCAUCCUGGUUGGGACUCAGCAUCCUACACUUCGCCUUUAUGACAUCAACACCUUCCAGUGUUUUGUCUCGUGCAAUCCCCAAGACCAGCACACUGAUGCUAUCUGUUCAGUUAGCUACAAUCCUAGUGCCAACAUGUACGUCACUGGCAGCAAGGACGGCUGCAUCAAGCUGUGGGACGGCGUCUCCAAUCGCUGCAUCACAACCUUUGAGAAAGCUCACGAUGGCGCGGAAGUCUGUUCUGCCAUUUUCUCCAAGAAUUCCAAGUACAUCCUCUCGAGUGGAAAAGACUCUGUAGCUAAGCUCUGGGAAAUAUCCACAGGGCGGACGCUGGUGAGGUACACAGGCGCGGGUCUGAGUGGACGGCAGGUGCACCGGACACAGGCUGUGUUUAACCACACUGAGGACUAUAUUUUGCUGCCGGACGAAAGGACCAUCAGCCUCUGCUGCUGGGACUCUAGGACAGCUGAGCGCAGAAACCUGCUGUCCCUGGGACACAACAACAUCGUGCGCUGCAUUGUACACUCGCCCACCAACCCUGGCUUCAUGACGUGCAGUGACGACUUCCGAGCUCGGUUCUGGUACCGCAGGUCCACCACUGACUGAGCUGGCCCCACUCCGAGGGUUCUUGUCUCAGGACUCUGCCCUCCUCCUUGGCUCCUGCCACCAGCUGCAGUAGCGAGCAGCUUGUACCAUCUCGUGGGUGUGCGGCCGCCCGGCUCCUGCCUUGGAUUUGGAAGCUUUUUUUACCUUGAUGUAGAUCAUGGUGGGAAAAGUUGGAAGCAGACCUGUGCGCGUUGUCCUGUUGCAGUGAUUUCUGGGUGGUUCCCACCAGCUUGGAAAGGAUUUGCCAUGGCUUUCGCCUCUUGUGCCUGGAGGAGGACAGAGUGUUGCAGUACUUGGUGGCCCUCGGGAGUCUCAGAGCCUGCCUGCCAUCAGGGUCUUUUGCCACUUGAGCCUGUCCUGCCCCUCUGUAUCUCCUUCCGAUGCGUUUCGGCACAUGAGGAGGGCUGCAGCUCUGAGGACCUCUGGGUCUGUGCCCUGUGCAACCACCUUGCAGGGACCCCGGCCCUGUCCUGAGGUGAUGUCAUCUGGUAAUAAAGCUCAGCUCUGUGACCUCGCUGUUCCUUCUUCGCUUCCUUAAACCUAGGCUUUCUAGGAGCCCCAUCUGCCACUCCUGCAGCUACUCCUUGGUCCAGCCGUGCUCGCUGAGUGUGAACGGUGUCUGGCUCAUCAGCCCAGGGAAGCAGGGUGAUCAGGAGCGCCGGGCCUGCCUUGGAUAAAUAGCAGGUUUGAGACCAACCUGGGCUAGGCCUGCCUUCAAUCCCAGCUCUCAGGAGGCGGAGGCAGAGGCAGGUGGGUCUCUGAGAUCCCAGCCUGAACUACAUGAUGAGUUCUAAGACAGCCAGAACUACAUAGGUGAGACCUCCGUCUCAAAAAAAAAAAAAAACCAAAUAAAAUGGAUGGUAAUGAUUUGAAGUCUGAGCCCCAAGAGCCUGCCAAUGCCCCCAGCCUGGCAGUAACAUCUUUGGGGUACACAGGGUAUGUUCUUGGGGGGAUUGCUGCAACCUCUGAUGCAUCUGCCUCUUGAGGUGUCUGGGAAGUAGAUGGCGUCUCUCUGUCUGAUGUAGGUGAGUCAACCCUGUGAGCCCCUCUUACUAACAAAAGUUUGCUCUCUUUCUCCUCGAGAAAAAUCCUGGGGACCUGGAGGCAAAGUGAGGCCACUGGUGAAGUAGUGAGCAUGCCACAGUGAGUCACUGCUGUGCGGUGGAGACUCUUGACAUAAACAUCCCUUCCAGCCUCAGCACUGCGGGGCCACUGGGUUUGGGGUCGCAAUCCUAAAGAGCUGUAUUUUUGUAUCCAAACUUAAGUGUGAACUUACACUUUUAUUUUGCAUUCGGAUUCUACAGUAUUUAAACAUGGCCACCUGGGGGUGCUACCCACAAGAUUAUACGAAAGCUACUGGAUAGGGACAAGGGCAGCCACUCUACCCACAAGCUCCCCGCUUGUCCCUCUGACUUCCCUGUUGCUUUCCUGCUGUGACACUGCAGACAGAGGCUCAGCUUCUGCACUCCCAGCCCAAGCUGGCCUGAUGCCACGUGUGAAUGAAAGCAGUGAUGACCUCCGAGCUGUCCCUGGGCGAAUCUCUGGCUGUGGCUUCAGGACUGACAUUUACAAGACCACAGUUCUCUGUUUUCAAAUAGUUUCCUCCCCUUCCCCUGUCCCUUCCCUAUCCUGCCUUUUAACAGCUGGUGUAGAUGUCGAGACUCAUGGACACGGUGUUCACAUCUGGAUAACUGUUGUGCAUCACACCAGCAUUUGGGUGAUGAAUUUAUCUGGUCAGAAUAACCUAUGCCUUCUGUUAUUUUUAAAAGAUGUGAUUUCUAAAAUAAACUUUUUU